CGUUUGAGCGCGUGACGUCACUGCUUACCUGCACAAGUGGGCGUUGGAUUUACCUGUAGCCGCAGGUAAAAUACGGCACGGCGGGGCGAAGGAGAGAAUUUACCGAGCGAAGCUUUAGUAUGAGCCGAAUGUGAACUCGUGUGUUUGCGCCACGACACCGAAACACCCGCGUUCAGCUACCGAGAGUACACGGAGAUCGAUGAAGUGCGCGUUAUAAGGCGUCAUAAGGAGAUUAUUGAGCUUUCGGGCUACUUCCGCCAUCCACAACACCUGAAGUAGCGCUCAAAACAACCGAGGAUUUGACCCGAGCCUAUGCGGUCCUGAAUGUGGUGAGUUAUGCCUGGCCACAGCACAGGAACCCAUCACAAGACACGUCCUCACAGCUCAAGCCGUUCUCGGGCUGACGGCUACAGGCAAAACCGAACAUGCUCCAAGGACAGCAGCACCAGUCAGGAGACCUAUAAGGACGCCUACAGCGAGCAACCUCGCAGCACAGACUCUCAGCUCCCUCGAAAAUCACAAACUCAAUAUGCCAAUGGACGAGGAUCAGAAACGCUGGGCUUUAUUCCCGGAUCUGCAGACUCUCCUCAGGGCACUCAAGCCUGCGGUUCAUGUGCUUCUCUGGGUUGGAGUGACUGUAAGGCUCUGCUGUGCUGUAUUCUCACAUGCGGGCUCUACGGGUCACGCAAACCUUGUUUACCACCAGACGAAAGCUCCACUGACAACUCUUUAAAAGCCGAACCGGAACCCAAGAAGACCAAUGGAUUGAUGGCAUUAUCAAAUCCAACAUCCGGGAUAAAUCUUGAACCCAGCAAGCCGAGGAAGUUACCGAACUCCGACAGCUUCAAAUAUCCCGAUGUUUAUUUUGCCGGAAAAAAGGUGGAGUAUCCCAUAAACACAGACGCGCCUCCACGACGGACCAGGACUACAGGGAAAAGUGAUAAUCAGCGGCCGAUCAGCGAUACUAGCAUCUACUCGAGGGAGGAUCUGGAUCUGGAUGAUUUAGACGACGGCGGCACCGAUAUCGACUCGCUGAUCACCAAGAAGCUUCUGGAACUUUAUAAAUUGCACCAGAUCGAGCAGCUUGCCAAAUGCACGUCUGAUGUGUCGUUUUCGCGAAAAACCAACGAGAUUAGUGAUCUGAUCAACAGCAUUGCUCAGGAUUACAACCUGGAGGAGCAGGAGGCCGAGUGCCGGCUGGUGCAUGGCGUCAUACGCAUUAGCACACGUCACAAGUCCUCCAAGGGAUGCAAAAGAGACUAUAAAUCACACGAUGCGGUGCAGCAUACUAACGGGAAGAGGGACGGAACGCUGCCAGACAGCGGGAACGAGACCAUGACCUUCACCUUUAGUGACGGGGAUCCUGAGAUGUUUGUGUCUGACCUGACACCAUCAGAUGAGCUUGUACGAAAUAUGAAAGGCAACAUGAGGAAAAAUUACUACUCGAGCUCGGCCACAGAUUCAUCAGGAGCUCCACUGUUACGUUAACACACACACACACACACACACUUGCUGUUCGCUCUGGAUUAUUACUGCCUAACUAGUGAACUAGUGUUGAUGUCUGUCCACACACUCCUCUCAUAUUUCAGGAUCGUUUGUGUUCAUCUGAAUGCCCAAAGACUGCUGCUGUAAACUCACAUGUACACGGACAUGCUUCUUACUGUCUUGUUCCUGGUCUAAAUAUCUAUAAAGUCUUAAAUCAGGAAGCAUUUUCUAGACAAGUUAAAAGAUAUAGUCUUGUUUUCAGAAUUAAUGAGUCAAAAUGAAGUCGUUUUUGAUUAUAACAAGAGAAAUAAUCUGCGAAUGGGGGAAGAGAAAUAAUCUUAUGUCAGUGUAAAUACAAGAUUAUUUCCCUUCCUCCAUUGUCAGAUUAUUUUGCUUGUAAUAAUUAAAAACGCUCUUCAUUUUGACUCAUUAAUUCUGAAAACAACACUAAAUAUUUUUACUUGUGCAGAAAAUGCAUCUUGGUUCAAGAGUUUUAAGAUAUUUGUGCUAGAAACAAGACAAACACUCUCAGUAAGAAGCAUUUAUUGCCGUGUAGAGCUUCUGCCAUAUUCCUACAGAGUGUAAUGUUAAACAAAGGAGCCUGUUGCAUAAAGAAGAAAGCUAUAAAAACAAAACUAAUGUGUGAGGGUUUCCUCCUGCCCUCGCCAGAAGCCAUGUGGAGAGUUACAUAAUGGACCAGAUUCGUCAGCAAACCAUUGGCAUCAAAGGGAGAUUAAGUAUUGGUUCUUAAAGGGACAGUUCACCUAAAAUACAUGUGCUCAUUAUUUACAUGACUUAUUUCACAUGCCUAAAUGAGCAGUUUUCUGUAUUUUGUGCUUCAUGUUUUUAUUUUUCCCCUGGUUUAUUUCUGCUUCAGCAUUAUGGGAUCUUGAUCUUUCUUUAAAAGUGUAAAAAGGUGACUUUAAUGAACAUUUUAAUAGUGUGCAGUGCUAUAUUGUGUGUUGGUGUUGUGUAUUAUGUUAAACCUUGUAAUAAACUGCAGCACAUUUCUGUUAUUCUACAGACUUACUUCUCUAGAUAUUAUAUCUUAUAUUUUAUUUCAAACUACUAAAAUGUCACUUAAAGUCACUGAGUUGAAUUUUCAUCAUCAGAAGUGGACAGAGCAGAGAUCAACAUCCCAUAAUGCAGUGCACAUUUGUAAAUAAACAGAAAAACAUGACAAAAUACACAAACUGUUCAUUAACAGAUAUUAUCACUGUGUGGUUGAAAAUUUUGAGUUUCUUCUGUUGAACUCAAAAUAUAUUUUACGACGUUUUAAAAUGUUUUUCCUGUUUAGUUUUU